AACAAAGAUGGCGGCAGGGAGCAGCAGUUACUGGGAAGGUGAGGGCGAGAAGGGCUCCGGGUGCGUCCUACGAGGAUGAGAGGGGCUGAGUGAGGACAGAUCUUGGGAGAAGCAGCAGAGGAAAGAACCAGACCCCCGGAGCGGCCGAGCUGAGCAGCGGGGCUUGUCUAAGUGGGAUCCCCGGGGCCUUGGGGAUACCGAACGGUCUGGGGCAGGGGUCUGGCCUGGCCGGGGCGUGUGAGCGGGACGUGGGGCAGGGGUUGGGCAGAGUGGACAGAGCGGGGAUGUAGAGGAAGAGGGCUCUCAAUCGCCUGGGUAGAAUUGUGUUGAGGGAGUAAUGGAACUCGGACGAAGGGGCUUGGGGUACGAACUCUGAGAGGAAACGAAUGUUGAGGGAGAAGAUCCAGAGCCCCGGAGACUGGAGGAGUCAGCGCAUUGGAGCUGAGGUCACUAUUGGAAAACUGAGUGGGAAAAGAGGAGGAGGAACUUGCAUUCCGGUCCGUCGGAGGAAAUAUGAAGAGAAUAGGAGACAGAAUGUCUCUUAUUGGGUCCCCAUGACAACUACAGAUCUCAGGAAACAGGCUCGACAGCUGGAAAAUGAACUUGACCUGAAACUAGUUUCCUUCAGCAAACUAUGUACAAGUUACAGUCAUAGCAGUACCCGAGAUGGAAGACGCGACAGUUCUGAUACAACACCCCUUUUAAAUGGAUCAAGCCAAGACAGAAUGUUUGAGACAAUGGCGAUUGAGAUUGAACAACUUUUGGCAAGGCUUACAGGGGUAAAUGAUAAAAUGGCAGAAUAUACCAACAGUGCAGGUGUCCCCUCCUUGAAUGCAGCCCUGAUGCAUACAUUACAGCGGCAUAGAGACAUAUUGCAGGAUUAUACACAUGAAUUCCAUAAAACCAAAGCAAACUUUAUGGCAAUACGGGAAAGGGAGAAUCUCAUGGGAUCAGUACGAAAAGAUAUUGAGUCAUAUAAAAGUGGGUCUGGAGUAAACAACAGAAGAACUGAGCUAUUUUUGAAAGAACAUGACCACCUUCGAAACUCAGAUCGUCUGAUAGAAGAGACAAUAAGCAUUGCUAUGGCAACAAAAGAAAAUAUGACUUCACAGAGAGGAAUGUUGAAGUCAAUUCACAGCAAAAUGAACACUUUGGCCAAUCGUUUUCCUGCUGUAAACAGCCUGAUCCAGAGGAUCAACCUGAGGAAGCGGCGGGACUCGCUCAUCCUAGGGGGUGUUAUUGGGAUCUGUACCAUCCUGUUGCUGCUGUAUGCGUUCCAUUGAUGGGACAUCUUCAGGGACUCUUGACAACCACCGCUUUCACACCCUGGUCUGGAAUAAGGAAACGUCGGAGGGAGAAGUUGACUGUCUUGAUAAUUAGCCUGACCAGCAGGAUGAAUGCAAGACUGACAGUGAUGGACUCUGUGACAUGGUCAGGUUGAGCUGAAGCCACAGUUUCUCUGUGCUGUGUUUUCUAACACAUUUUUCUGUUUUUAAUUAAAAAAAAAACAAAAAGGU